GCCCGUGGCGGGAAUGGCGCGCGGCGCUUCGCAAGCCACCGGGUGCUGGUGGAACCGAACGCGGCCGCAGGGGUUGCUGUGAUAAAAUUCAAGAACCCUCCAGUCAAUAGCCUUACUCUGGAGUUUCUGACAGAGUUUGUCAUCUGCUUGGAGAAGCUGGAGAAUGACAAGACCCUCAGAGGUGUCAUCUUAACUUCGGACUGUCCUGGCAUCUUCUCAGCUGGGCUGGACCUGAGGGAGAUGUGCGGGAAGAACCCAGCUCACUAUGCUGAAUACUGGAGGGCCGUGCAGGAGAUGUGGCUAAAGCUCUACCUGUCCAACCUGGUGGUGGUUGCUGCCAUCAACGGAGCUUCCCCUGCUGGAGGCUGCAUGAUGUCCCUCACCUGUGACUACCGGCUCCUGGCUGACAACCCUAGGUACCGAAUGGGACUAAAUGAGACUCUGCUGGGCAUUGUUGCCCCCUUCUGGCUCAAAGACACCCUUGUGAACACCAUUGGGCAUCGGGCUGCAGAGCGUGCCUUGCAACUGGGGCUGCUCUUCCCACCAGCAGAGGCCCUUCAGUUGGGCAUGGUGGACCAGGUAGUGCCCGAGGACCAGGUACAGAGCACAGCACUCUCAGUGAUGACCCAGUGGCUGGCCAUUCCAGACCACGCUCGGCAGCUGACCAAGAACAUGAUGAGGAAGGCCACAGCAGACCACCUGAUCAAACAGCGGGAAGCUGACAUCCAGAACUUCGUCAGCUUCAUCUCCAGAGACUCCACCCAGAAUUCCCUGCAGGUGUACUUAGAAAACCUCAAACAAAAGAAGCACUAGGGCAGGCCUGCCGCACAGGUUUUUCUCUGGUCUCAAGGAAACUGUAAAGAAGGUAGUUUUCAACUUGCUCAGCUCUUUGUUUUCCUGAUCUUAGGGCUGAGUGUCCAAAGGCCCCACUGCCACCACAAGUGCCUCUUGCCUGGUGGGAAGCCAUGACAGCUUGAAGAGCGGUGUCUAGAUUUUUGGAAUUUAAUGGCAGGUGGGUCCUUGUGAGCCCAGACAAGAUCACACUGUCUCCUUUCCCAAAGCAGGAUUGUGAAUAAAGUCCUCAGGUCGUCCCA